GGACGCGCUGUUCGUCAGACUCAAGGGCGCCCUCGGCAGGGGGGACAGCGCGACGAAGAGCAGGGCGCAGCGCAGGAGCAGAAUAAAGUCGCUCGCGUACACGAAGAGUCGAGCCGUGGCUGUACUCCUCUUCAUCGUCGGCUAUGCGUGGAUGCUACUAUUGCCGUCGACAUAUGUGGGAGGCAGAGGGACCUACAUCGAUGAGAAUGCGCUGCAGCCGGGGCAGGUGAACACUCAAUGGAAUUGGGGAGACGUUCACGCCGCCGACAACUACCUCGAGCAAUUGGAGGAGCUCAGGGAUCAGAACGCUACCUCCGAAAGUCGCGCCCAAUACUUCAUCGAAGAGUUCACCAAGCUCGGUCUCGAUGCAUCUUCGCAGCGGUAUACGUUCGAAACCACAAACGGGACCAGCUCAGGCGAGAAUGCCUACGCAGUCAUGUACUCGCCUCGCCAAGCCGGCGCCGAAGCCAUGGUCGUCAGCGCCUCCUGGAUCAGCCUCAUCGAUGAGGGAAGUCAGACCAUCAACAUUCGAGGUGUCUCUACUGUCCUCGCUCUCGCGAGGUUUAUGAAAAACUACUCCCUCUGGGCGAAGGACAUCAUCUUCAACAUCAGUGAUGACCACCUCGAUGGCAUGCAGGCGUUCUUAAGCUCCUACUAUGGCGUCCCACAGUCGAACCUCGUCGCCGAACCCCUCGAGCUCUCCUCCGGCGUAAUCUGGACCGCCCUCAACGUCGACUACCCUGGGCACUCUUUCUCGCACCUCGGUCUUUACUUCGAGGGCCUCAACGGCCGCCUCCCCAACCAAGACCUCCUCAACUCCAUCUUCCGCAUCGCGCGCAACACCGUCGGCGUCCCCGUCAUCCUCUACGACUACAAGGACACCUUCCGCUUCGAGCAGUGGACAAUCGGGUCAGAGAACUCAUUGUUCGGUAAAUGGGAGAUGAAGAACUGGGUACCGAAAAGUAUCAGAUUGAACCCCGCGGCGCGCGCGUAUGCGACGAAGGCAAGGCAUAUAUUGCGGCACUUUGGGUAUCAGGCGAGGGGGAGGGCAAGUGGGGUGCAUGGGCUGUUGCAUCAAUACCGCAUCGACGCCGUCACCCUCUUUGCCGUACCUUCCAUGGGCCCGCACGGAUUCCACGCCAUCGGCCGCAUCCUCGAAUCCACCCUCCGCACCUGCAACAACCUCCUCGAGCGCCUGCACGCCUCGUUCUUCUUCUUCCUCCUCGUCGCGCCCGAUAGGUUCCUCCAGAUUGGGAAUUACCUGCCGAGUGCGGUGCUCGUUGCGGUGGGGCUGAUGUUCUGGGGAUUGAGGGGGUGGGUGGAUGCGGGGUGGGUGGGGGAGGUCGCGGAGCAAGGGUUGAGGGAGGAGAAGGAGGGAUCGAAGGAGGUGAAGGAUGGAUUGAAGGAGGAGAAGGAGGAAAUGAAGGAUGUGCAGGAGAGAAAAGCAGCGCAGACACAAGUCGCGGAUAAGCCUACUGUCAACUGGACCAGACGACCGCGCCCGGUCUUGCCCGCACUAGCGCUCAUGGGCGUCACACAUGCCUUGGGCGGUGUGGUAUUCUACAUUGUCACCCGGCGAUGGUUCGUUGCCAACAUCGAGUCACUUACUACCCGCUUCAUCCUCAUCGCCCUCGUCGCCUCCGUACCUCUCGCCCUCUCCCAACUGGGUGUCCUCCGCGGCAACCUCCCGCUCGUCCUCAAAUCUCUCAACCUCUGCUUCGCCUCGACCGUCAUCUCCGUCACUGCCGUGCUCAACUUCUCUCUCGCGGCCCUGUUCGCGAUUGUGUUGGGCGUACCGCUGAUCAUCGUACCGGCGAAGAACUCGCCCGACUUGAAGGACCCCAGUCCAUCAAUAUCGAGUGCCGCAACCUCAACAACAGCGCGAGCAGCAUCUCUGAGAUACAUUACAUCCCUCGCAUACACUCUGCUUGCCACCGGCUGGCUCUUCCUUCCACAAGAGGUCGUGCGCGCGGUCCGGGAUUGGGAGGUGUAUUCGGUGUGGUUCGCCCCGGUGGUGUGCGUAGUGUACCUUCCGCUCAUGAUGCAGGCGGCGCUGGCGUGUCUGUAAUGAUGGAAUGCAUGUGAGAAUGUGCGG